GCUAAACAGAGGCAUGACGAGGAGGCACUGAUUGACCAGGGGAGAAGGAGCAACGGUGCCAAGAUUCACUAUGAGAAGGAGGAGUUGGAAGGCCACCGGACCCUGUACGCCAGCGUGCAGAUGCCGCUGGUGGGGCAAUGCCACCGGCAUCACCGACCCCACAAGCAGAAGCAUCGGGAACAGGAGGAGGACUGUCGUGGUAACGGGACGGGUCUCUGUGUUCUGCCCCCAGGCACCCCGUCCCAGCGGGUGCAGUUCAUCCUCAGGACCAAGGAGGACGAGCAGCAUGUCCCUCACGCCUUGUUCACCGAGCUGGAUGAGAUCUGCGUGAAAGAGGGCGAAGAUGCCGAGUGGAAGGAAACGGCAAGGUGGCUGAAGUUUGAGGAGGAUGUGGAAGACGGCGGCGAGCGCUGGAGCAAGCCCUAUGUGGCCACGCUGUCCUUGCACAGCCUCUUUGAGCUGAGGAGCUGCAUCAUCAAUGGCACGGUGCUGCUGGACAUUAGUGCCAACAGCAUCGAAGAGAUCGCAGAUCUGAUCGUGGGCCAGCAAGAACAGCUCACGGAGUUUGAUGAGCGCACGCGGGCAAAAAUUCAAGAAGUUCUUUUGAAGAAGCACCACCAUCAGAACGAGAAGAAAAGAAACAGCCUUCUCCCCAUCAUCCGCUCGUUUACUGAUGUGAGCAAGAAGCGGUCGGACCUGCACCUCCUCGACAAGCCAGCUCAAACACUUACCCCUCAUCCUUCUCCCACCACUGUGGAAGCUAAAAAUGGGGUGAACCAUGAGACCAGCACAACGGAUUUAAGCAAGGCGGAGCUGCACUUCAUGAAGAAAAUUCCCAGCGGGGCUGAAGCGUCCAACGUGCUCGUAGGAGAGCUGGAUUUCCUUCGCCAGCCCAUCGUGGCAUUUGUCCGCCUGACCCCGGCUGUCCUCCUCUCGGGCAUGACGGAAGUUCCCAUCCCAACAAGGUUCCUGUUUGUUUUGCUUGGACCAGAAGGAAAAGCCCAUCAGUACCAUGAGAUCGGCAGGUCCAUGGCUACUAUCAUGACGGAUGAGGUUUUCCAUGACGUCGCCUAUAAAGCCAAGAACCGGGCUGACCUCGUGGCCGGCAUCGAUGAGUUUCUGGAUCAGGUCACGGUCUUGCCGCCUGGAGAGUGGGAUCCAUCGAUCCGAAUCGAGCCCCCGAAAAACGUCCCUUCGCAGGAAAAAAGGAAGAUGCCAGGAGCUCUCGAUGACAGUGCUUCUGACAGUGAGCCGGAGAAGCACAGCGGUCCUGAACUGGAGCGGACGGGAAGGCUCUUUGGAGGUUUGAUCCUGGAUGUGAAGCGAAAAGCCCCGUGGUUCUGGAGCGACUUUCGGGAUGGUCUGAGGCUGCAGUGUCUGGCGUCCUUCCUCUUCCUCUACUGUGCCUGCAUGUCCCCUGUCAUCACCUUUGGGGGACUGCUGGGGGAGGCGACCGAUGGCCACAUAAGUGCCAUGGAGUCGCUGCUGGGCGCCUCCAUGACCGGCGUGGUGUUUUCCCUCUUUGCUGGCCAACCUCUCACCAUCCUCGGCAGCACCGGACCCGUGCUCGUCUUUGAGAAGAUCCUCUACAAAUUCUGCAAGGAGUACACGCUCUCCUAUCUCUCUCUGCGGGCAUGCAUCGGGCUGUGGACCGCCUUCUUCUGCAUCGUGCUGGUGGCCACCGACGCCAGCUCUUUGGUGUGCUACAUCACCCGCUUCACCGAAGAAGCCUUCGCCUCCCUCAUCUGCCUCAUCUUCAUCUACGAGGCUCUAGAGAAGCUGAGUCACCUGCGGGAGACCUACCCUGUGCACAUGCACAGCCAGCUCGACUUCCUCACCAUCGACUACUGUAAGUGUGAGGCACCGACGCAUCCCAGCAAUGAAACCCUGCGUUUCUGGGAGAGCAACAAGAUCAACGUGUCUGGUAUCGCCUGGGAAAACCUCACGGUGACCGAAUGUCGGUAUUUGCAUGGAGAGUUUCAAGGACCUGCCUGUGGACCCAAUGGCCCCUACACGCCUGACGUCCUCUUCUGGUGCUGCAUCCUCUUCUUCUCCACCUUUGUGCUGUCGAGCUUACUGAAGAAGUUUAAGACCAGCCGAUACUUCCCAACCAGAGUACGGUCCACAGUAAGCGACUUUGCUGUUUUCCUCACCAUCGUCGUCAUGGUGCUCAUGGACUUCAUGAUUGGGAUCCCAUCACCGAAGCUCCACGUCCCCCAUAUGUUCAAGCCUACCAGAGACGACCGCGGGUGGUUCAUCAGCCCCGUAGGACCCAACCCUUGGUGGACGGUGUUGGCUGCGCUCAUCCCAGCUCUGCUCUGCACCAUCUUGAUCUUCAUGGACCAGCAGAUCACUGCUGUUAUUGUGAACAGGAAGGAGCACAGGCUGAAGAAAGGAUGUGGGUACCACCUGGACCUUUUCAUGGUGGCCGUGAUGCUCGGGGUGUGCUCCGUGAUGGGGCUGCCCUGGUUUGUGGCUGCCACCGUCCUGUCCAUCACCCACGUGAAUAGCCUCAAAGUCGAGUCUGAGUGCGCAGCUCCAGGAGAACAACCCAAGUUUCUGGGGAUACGAGAGCAGAGAGUCACUGGCUCCAUGAUCUUUGUGCUCAUGGGCUGCUCUGUCUUCUUCACUUCUGUGUUAAAGUUUAUACCAAUGCCUGUGCUUUACGGCGUCUUUCUCUACAUGGGCGUGUCGUCGCUCGGAGAAAUUCAGUUCUUCGAUCGCUUGAAGCUGUUUUGGAUGCCGGCGAAACACCAGCCGGAUUUCAUCUACCUGCGGCACGUCCCCUUGCGAAAGGUGCACUUCUUCACCGUGAUCCAGCUGAUCUGCCUCGUCCUGCUCUGGGCCAUCAAGGUGUCCCGUGCCGCCAUCGUCUUUCCCAUGAUGGUUUUGGCUCUUGUAUUUGUCCGGAAAGCCAUGGAUUUCUGCUUCUCAAAGCGAGAGCUCAGCUUCCUGGAUGACCUUAUGCCAGAGAGCAAGAAGAAGAAGUUGGACGGUGCCAAAAACGAAGCCAAUGAAGAAGAGGUGGUGCGUCUGGCUCCCUCUGUAUAG